GUUAUUAAGCUGACGCAGUCUUCAGGCAAUAGCUUCGUGAUGCAAGCAGAUUGAUUUGAAGAAGCAAAACGAUUUGUAACGGUCGAUAGUGAUAGAGCUAUCCACCUUCUCGAAUGGAUUCCCAAUGGUGAAGGAUCGAUAGUAGGCGAUAGCCAUCUCUACCACACAGAGUGACCGUAUUGUCCCGCAUUUGUUUACUUUCGGCGCAGCAACUAUGGAUCCUUCAAUUAUUGAAUUUAUUGGCGAAAAGUGCAUGAUCAGCAUUAUACCGAACUUCUCCAACGAACCCCUGCAUCUUAUUUACGGAUCUGUGGGCCCUUUCCGUGCCGGAUUUCCAGUUUUCGUGCCCCUGUGGAUGGCGACGCAUCUGCGCAAGCAACAAAAGUGCCGGAUUGUGCCGCCAGAAUGGAUGGACAUGGACAUACUGGAAGAGAUCAAGGAGGAGGAGAAGCGCUCGAAAUUCUUUACCAAAAUGCCUUGCGAACACUACAUGGUGGUGGCCCAGUUGGUCAUGAGCACAGCUCCUGAUGAUGUGCCCCGCUGCGAGGAGCUGCGCACUGUGAUCAAAGACAUCUUCGACAUUCGCGAGUCCAAGCUGCGAACCUCGAUAGAUGCUUUCAUUAAAGGAGAGGGCACCUACGCGAAGCUGGACAACCUGACGCUGCUGGAGAUCCACAGCGUAAGGCCCAUCCUGCCGUACUCCCUUGACCACAUAGCUCGUUAUCAGCGGACGGCCACUGCAUCUCAACGGGACACCUCGAUGCUGAGUGCCUCUAUGGCGGGAUCCAGUUCGGGUCCCAAUAGUAACUCGCUAUUUUCUCAGUGAUAUUAACAUAUAAAUAUCAUUGCAGUUGGUUUAUAAGUAAAAAUAAUUAUGAGUGAA